AUGGCAGAAGCAAUACAUACUGAGAUGAAUCAAACGGACUUGGACUCUGAUGAAAGUGCUCAACAAAUGCUGGAGCUUACAGAUUUAUCCUCCACUUGCUUGCAACAACAAUACGUGGAAGAUGAGGUGACUAUAGAUGUGAAGGAAAUGAUUCAAGAUUAUGGAGAUGGUCUCUUGUUACCAGAGUGUUGUAUCUAUAGGGUACCCAUUUUGAUACGUAAUCUAAAAGAAGAGGCUUACACUCCAAAAGUUGUUUCAAUUGGCCCCUUUCAUUAUAACAAUGAGAGGCUGCAAGAAAUGGAAAGGCAUAAACAAAUAUUGUUCAAAAGAUUUACUCAAAGAGCUAUGUCAUGCUUAGACGAUUUGGUUCGCUGUGUAAAACACUUAGAGCCAAAAGUCCGUGCUUCUUAUUCACAGGCCAUUAACCUUACUGAGCAAGAACUUGUGAAACUGACUUUAACAGAUGCCGGCUUCAUCAUUCAACUCUUCAUGAUGUUCCAUGAGGUGGAGGCCUUCCGCAAAGAUGCUAAAUUGUCACAGCCAUGGUUGGCAGAUUCUAUACUUUAUGAUUUGAUGCUACUUGAGAAUCAACUUCCAUUCUUUGUUAUUGAAGAGUUGUUCAACAAAGCUUUUCCUCAUGACCGUCGUGAUGGCCUCCCUUCAUUUCUUAAGCUGGCAUAUGGGUAUUUUGGGUAUUAUAACAUUCAAAAAUUAGAGCCCAAUCCUGAUAUUAAGAUAAGACAUUUUACAGAUCUUCUUAGAUUGUUUUACUUACAAGGAAAAAUAUCUCCACGGGAGCCAUUCACUUCAGAGGCUAGAAGCCGCAUUCUUUUAUACAGUGCGAAUGCAUUGCAAAAAGCUGGCAUAAAGUUGAAGGCUAAUAUGAGCAAAUGCUUGUUAGACUUGAAAUUUUCAGGACAUAUUCUUGAAAUUCCGCAAAUUUUGGUGGAUGAUGAAACUGAGGUUUUGUUUCGUAAUAUGAUAGCACUGGAACAGUGUCAUUAUCCUUAUGAUUCUUACAUUACUGACUACGCUCAUGUAUUGGAUCGUCUAAUAGACACAUAUAAAGAUGCGGAUCUCCUCGUUCACAAGAAAAUAGUCAACAACCAUUUAGGUGAUGCCAAUAAUGUUGCUUUACUAUUUAAUGGUCUUUGGGAAAAUAUCACUCAACUGAAUUUCAAUUCCGAAUACCUUGAUAUCUGCCAAAGGUUGAAUGGAUAUUGUGAAGAUCAUUGGCACAAAAUGAAGGCAACUCUAAGACGUGAUUAUUGCAACACUCCUUGGCGUACUGUGGCCUCCAUUGCUGGAAUCAUCCUCCUUGUUCUCACCAUUGUUCAAACCAUAUUCUCAGUCCUCCAAGCUGUAUUGAAGAAGUAG